CGGCGCUCGCGGCUGCGAGCGGUCGCUGUGCCUCGGCGUCCCGGAGCCGGCGCCCCCGGGAGCCCUCCGCGCCCGGCCCACGGUGGCCCACCAUGUCCGCCCUGCUGGAGAUCAAGAGCAGCGUGCUCAGGCAGGUACAGGUGUGCCCGUCCUUCCGCCGCAGGGCCGAGCAGGAGCCGGAGAGCACCAAUGCCGACCCGCGGGAGCCUGCCACGGGGGCCUGGAAACCCGGGGACGGCGUGGAGUUCUUCGCGCAGAUGCGCCUCCUCCUGAAGAAGGGAGAAGGCAGGCAGGGCCUGCCGUGCCCCGAGGUCCUCUUGCGCAGCAGCUCUCCAGCCCCUGCUGAACCCGUGGACCCCAACCGGGGCCUGAGAGUCCUGGCCCAGGAGGAGGUGGAGAUGCUCUACGAGGAAGCCUUGUACACGGUCCUCUACCGUGCGGGGACCAUGGGCCCCGACCAGGUGGACGACCAGGAGGCCCUGCUGGGCUACCUUCAACAGGUGUUUGGCACCAGCCCUGAGGAGCACGCCGAGGCCAUUGGGCAUGUGAAGGCGGCCAAGGCCCCCUCGUACGCCCUGAAAGUCUCUGUCAUGCGUGCCAAGAACCUUCUGGCCAAAGACCCCAAUGGCUUUAGCGACCCCUACUGCAUGUUGGGCAUCCUGCCCGCCUCGGGUGCCCCGCGGGAGCCGGGUGCGCAGAAGGAGCAGCGUUUCAGCUUCCGAAAGGGUGGCAAACGUGGCGGCCCGCUGCCAGCCAAGUGCAUCCGGGUCACCGAGGUCAAGAGCAGCACGCUGAACCCCGUGUGGAAGGAGCACUUCCUCUUCGAGAUCGAGGAUGUCAGCACGGACCAGCUGCACCUGGACAUCUGGGAUCAUGACGAUGACGUGUCCCUGGUGGAAGCGUGCAGGAAGCUGAACGAAGUCAUCGGCCUGAAGGGCAUGAGCAGGUACUUCAAACAGAUUGUCAAGUCAGCCCGAGCAAAUGGGACCGCAGGGCCCACCGAGGACCACACUGAUGACUUCCUGGGGUGCCUCAACAUACCUGUCCAGGAGGUGCCUGUGGCUGGUGUCGACCGCUGGUUCAAGCUGGAACCGCGCUCCAGCGCGUCCCGCGUGCAGGGGGACUGCCACCUGGUCCUCAAGCUGAUCACCACGCAGAGGGACACGGCCAUGAGCCAGCGCGGGCGAUCGGGCUUCCUGUCCUACCUGCUGCUGCUCAGCCGCCUGCUGCAGUUCGAGCACCGCGCCGAGGAGCCCAACUCCAGCAGCUGGCGCGGAGAGCUCAGCGCGCCCGCGGCCACCGUGCUCUGCCUGCACGGAGCGCAGAGCAACCUGUCGCCCUUGCAGCUGGCCGUGCUGCACUGGCAGGUCAGCAGCCGCCACCAUCAGACCCGCACGCUGGACUACGGCUACCUGCUGGGGCUGCUGGAGGACUUGCAGGUGCACUGGGAGGAGGCGGCCUCGCUGCCCCAGGAGCAGGAGGAGAGCCUGGCUGACAGCUUUUCCGCCUUCUCCGAGUUUGGGCUGCAGCUGCUGCGCCAGCUCCGAGACUACUUCCCCGCCACCAACAGCACAGCCGUCUGCCGCCUGGAGCUGCUGCUGAAGUGUCUGGGCAAGCUGCAGGUCUUCCAGCCCUCCUUCGAGAUCUGUCCCUUUGAGACGGAGCUGAACAUGGACGUUGCUGCCGCCCUGAAGAGAGGCAACCGGGAGUGGUAUGACAGGAUGCUGAACACCAAGAGUGCUCGAGAGCAGCCCGGGCCCCAGCGCCUUCCUGGGCUCAUUGAGCUAGCAGAUGCCAUCUACGAUGACCUGCAGUCCUGCUUCAGCAUCUAUGCCAGCCUCUUCCACAGCAUCCUCAAGGUGGACUUCUUCACCCUCACCUUCCGGCAGCUGGAGCGUCUGGUGGCUGAGGAGGCCUGGGUCCUGACAGAGGAGCUGAGCCCCAAGAUGACCCUCGAGGUGGCCUCAGGGCUCUUUGAGCUCUACUUGACUCUGGCAGACAUUCAGCGGUUCUGGAGCAGCAUCCCUGGCCGGGACAGCCGCUCCCUGGCCCUGGCCGGCAUCCAUGCUCCGUUCCUGCCUGCCGUGAAGCUCUGGCUGCAGGUGCUGCGGGACCAGACCAAGUGGCGGCUUCAGGGAGCUGUGGAUGUGGACACGCUGGAGCCCAUGGACACCACCUCCAAGCACAGCAGCUCUGCGGCCACUGCUGGCCUCUGCUUCAGCCACAUCCAGGAGCUCUGGCUCCGCCUGGCAUGGCCUGACCCGCCGCAGGCCCAGGUGCUGGGCACCCAACUCAGCCAGGACAUGUGUGAGGCCGUCCUCUUCUACACGGAGCUGCUUCGGAAGAAGGUGGACACUCAGCCCGGGGCAGCUGGUGAGACAGUGAGCGAGCCGCUCUGCGUGGUCCUCAACAACGUGGAGCUUGUGCGCAAGGCUGCCGGGCAGGCCCUGCGGGGCCUGGCGUGGGUGGAGGGGCCUGCCGGGCCUGAGGGGGUGCUUCCCCGGCCCCUGCUCAGCUGCAUGCAGGCCCUGGACGAGGACCUGCAGCGGGAGGCCCGCACUGUGACGGCGCACCUGACCUCCAAGAUGGUGGGCGACAUCCGCAAGUAUGUGCAGCACGUCAGCCUCUCCCCUGACUCCAUUCAGAACGAGGAGGCAGUGGCCCCGCUCAUGAAGUACCUGGACGAGAAGCUGGCCCUGCUGAACGCCUCCCUGGUGAAGGAGCACCUGAGCAGGGUGCUGGAGGCCCUCUGGGAGCUGCUCCUGCAGGCCAUCCUGCAGGCGCUGGGCGCAGACCGCGACGUCUCUGCUGACUUCUACGGCCGCUUCCACUUCACACUGGAGGCCCUGGUCAGUUUUUUCCAUGCUGAGGGCCAGGGCCUGCCCCUGGAGAGCCUGAGGGACGGAAGCUACAAGAGGCUGGAGGAGGAGCUGCGGCUGCACAAGUGCUCCACCCGAGAGUGCAUCGAGCAGUUCUACCUGGACAAGCUCAAGCAGAGGUCCCUGGAGCAGAACCGGUUUGGACGCCUGAGUGUCCGCUGCCAUUACGAGGCGGCCGAGCAGCGGCUGGCUGUGGAGGUGCUGCACGCCGCCGACCUGCUCCCCCUGGACGCCAACGGCCUGAGUGACCCCUUUGUGAUCGUGGAGCUGGGCCCACCGCACCUCUUCCCGCUGGUCCGCAGCCAGAGGACCCAGGUCAAGGCCCGGACGCUGCACCCGGUGUACGACGAGCUCUUCCACUUCUCUGUGCCUGCAGAGGCGUGCCGCCGCCGCGGGGCCUGUGUGCUGUUCACGGUCAUGGACCACGACUGGCUGUCCACCAACGACUUCGCGGGGGAGGCGGCCCUCGGCCUGGGCAGCGUCAGUGGAAUUGCACGGCCCCAGGUGGGAGGGGCCGUGAGGGCUGGGCAGCCUGUCACCCUGCACCUGUGCCGGCCCAGAGCCCAGGUGAGGUCGGCGCUGCGGAUGCUGGAAGGGCGCGGCAGCAAGGAGGCGCAGGAGUUUGUCAAGAAACUCAAGGAGCUGGAGAAGUACAUGGAGGCGGACCCCUGAGCCCCAGCCACUGGCCGCCAGCCCCAGCCCCUCCCCCACCUACUGUCACUGUGGCCAGCUUUGUGCAGCCAGGGCCCAUGGCGCCCCUCUCAGCUGUGUGACGUGUGCUGUGGCUGGACCCCUGGCUCCCACCUACCCUGGCUGUGUCCCUUUGGUGUGUGCUGUGAACCUUGUGCCCCAGCCCCCAAUCUGGGUGGCCAGCUCAGUAGGACGUGGCCAGCAGCUGCCCCCUGGACACAGAGCAGACUACAGUGGGCCUGGCUACAGGUGGGCUUCUCCACCCACUACCUUG